AUGGAUUCUGUGAAGGGAUCCGAGUCCCUGAAUGUCUUUAUUCCAGAAGAUUUGCUAAUAAACCACUCAAGAGACUAUGAUAAAUCUUUUUUGCUUGGAUGGGAAGGGAUUAAAGGCCAAUUUUUCAUUAUUGACGCAUACUCUGCUUCCGAUAAGUUAAGUAAAGUUUUGGAUUCCAUCAAAAAAGAUUCGAAUCUUGAGAACAUUACAUGGAUGAAAAAUGGAUUGCAAUUACUAGACCAUUUUACCCUUAAUAUUAAUGGAGAGAAGGGUGAAUUCAUAAAUUUGUCCUUAACUGAUAUAUUAAGUGGAAAGGAAGUACAAAAAGUAGUUACUUUUGUAUACAAAAAUGAAUAUUUCGAUCUAAAAUCGUCAGAUUUGUUUGAAAAUCUGAAGGUUAAAACUGAGAAUAGUAGCGACUGUCUGGAUCCAAACUGCGCCAUUGGUCCCUGCUUGUUGUUGGCCACUUUGAUAAGAAAUUACAUACGGAGAAUGUUAUAUAUAGAACAAAAUGACCAAACACAUCUUUGUGAUCUGAAGUUUAUUAACUCUUUUAACAGAAAAUCUAGCUUAUUAUCCCAUUCAAGAUUUAUUGUUUACCUAGUCUUUGUUAAGUUUACCUUUUAUUUGUCACUUUUUACGAACUGUAUUUUAAGAUUUUUAAACCUAAGAGCCGGAAGACUUAUCAGAUUUCUAAAAUUUAUCCCAAAAUAUUCGAGAUUUUUCUCAUUACUCAUUUAUAGACUAACAAUUCUAUCGCAAUGGCAUAUUUCAUAUAAAGAAUUACUCAGUAAAACACAAAUGAGUGAGUAUUUUGAGUUGAGGAAUGAGUUGUUGAACUUUGCGACUUCCAUGUAUAUAUCUUUGUUUGGAGGAUUGUUGGAGUUUUUCCUAUUCAGAAAGGUGACUUUUGAAAGAAAAAAUGAAGUAAGUCAAUUCACAAUUAUUGUGUUCAGAUCACUUUUCUAUUAUUUGACUACUAAAAUCUUCAUAUACAUUAAGCUGAACAAUGAAGUAUCAGCUUCACUGGCAAAGUUUGUGGUUAAUAAAGUUAUGGUUUGGAGAUAUUUGAAGGAGAAACUAGAACCUAUUAGACUUUUUCUACUUAAAGCUCUAGAGUAUUCAGCUCUUUUGGGGUUAUCAGCACAAGCAUCUGUAUUUUACGACCUGUUCGCAUUUGAAACGCUUCGCCUGUAUUAUCUUUACUUCAUAAUGCUGUCAAUCAUGAGCUACACUCAAAAGUAUCUCUACACUCUUUUACUCCUCUUCAAGGGGAAGAAGUGGAAUGUUCUCAAGUCAGUGCUGGACACAAACGAGUUCACUAAGGAACAACUUUUUAUCGGAGUGGUAUUCUUCGUCAUAUUCGCACUCAACUAUCCCACCAUAUGGAUCUUCUAUAUCUCAUCAGUCACCAUCCUUGCACCCAUUCUUCGUAAGGUUAAUUUAAAUUAUUUAGUGGUUAAGGUGUUAAUUCAUUCGUUUGUUGAGUUGCUCUCAGGACUCCCGUAUUACGUUCUGGCUCACAAUGCCUUCUCAAAAAAGUAUAUAGAAGGAGUUUAUUUCAGGAAAAUUGAAGGUACUUUACACUCAAAAUUUAUUCUUUCAGAUAAUUCUAAAGUAUAUAAAUCUGGAACUUUAAAUGUAAGUAAAAUAUUACUAUUCAUUGGUUACGAUUUGUCUUAA